AUGCCUGCAAGGGGCCCAUCAGGGCCAUGGCAACGCCUCAAACCUGUUGAUCUAGAUCCCCUGGAGAGCAUGGGCUUGCCAUCGAAAGGGGAAACAAGACUGCUCGAUCACAAGAAUCAGGAGCGCUACUACACCAAAAUAGUCGAGCGAUAUCUCAGCUUCUGCUCUGAUGCCACUGACCGUGAUGCGCUCCUGCACAAGUUCGGCUCGCUUUCCAUCGGCAAAGAGAGGGAUCGAUCAUCUGGUACCGACACUUCAAUAGCCUCCGCCACUACCGCCUCUACAGCCUCUACGGCAUCUGCGGCAUCUGCGGCAUCUACGGCACCUGUGGCACCCCCUUUCCCUGUCCCAACACUGUCGCAGACCGGCACCAAGGACCUGUCUGCCGUCUUGAUGGCUCUGCGGAAGCUCCGUGAGGGCAUCGUGGCUUCCAAGCGCAUUGACGAUUUCGCAACCCAGGCCUACUUGUUCAACGUCCGCACUGCCAUCUUAGUCAAGCACUCUGAGAGUUACCAUCCUGCCAUUCUGUACCUCUUGCGAACCAUCCAUCCAAAGCACCCGCUUACCAGCUUCGAGCUGCGCGAGGUCACUGGCUACCUCGUUCUCGACGCCGCAUGCCGCCGCGGCGACUUAGCCGACGCCUUUGCCUUGCGCAACUGCUAUAAGCUACGUGAUGCCAAGGUUGAUACCAUUCUGCAGGCAUUAGCUCGCGACGACUUUAUCGCUUUUGGAAGGGUCAAGAGGACAGUCGAUGGUCAUCAGGCCAAAUUCCUCGAGUUCUGUGAGGAUGGCUUGAGGCGUCACACACUGAAAUGCUUUGGACGGGCAUACCUCUCGGUCGACGUCCCUUAUCUCGAAAAGGCCACUGGUGCGACAUUCCUGGAGCUGGUCGAAAGGGACGGCGUUGGCUGGCAUUCAGACGGCUCCAAAGUCGUCAUCCGCAGCAUCAAGGGACGUUCCUGA